AUGUGGAGAAUGAAUAGUGAAAAUGUAUGCCAGGUUUUUGAUUGGUUGCUUCCACAGGAAAUAGUAAAACAAGAAAUAAAAAAUGAUCACUCAAAAAGACGAGCUUUAUUACAAGCACGAGCCGUAGUUACAGUUACUGUGUCUGCUUUUUUCGCACUAGUUACACAACUUUUUCUGGAUAUGUAUUCAGCGUUUGGGUUCCGUGAACAGAAUUCGGAAAUGAUUCGAGAAAUUACUGUUUUAUUGUCACUUUGGGGGACCUUAAUAUAUUCCGCAAUACUUUAUGCAAUUCGAUACGAGACACUAAGCAUUACACAUGCAGCAAAAUUAGGAAUCUACUCUUUCAUUAUGAUAUCUGCGUACGCGGCAAUCUUUGGAAAUGGCAAGUCAGGAUUCCAUACACUCAGUCAUGCAAAUUUUUUCGCAGUUCCUCCGUUUGGAUGUAUAUUUGUUUCCAAAAACUUUGGAAAACAGACAUUGCUUAUAGUUUGUGUUGUCUACGUGGUUGCUUUUUGUCGAUCAAUUGGCCGAGAAGAUAACCCACUUUCGUUCUCGUCAACCGGUUGGGUAGUUUGCGAUGUGUAUAUCUUGUGCUUUGUGUAUUUCCUUUUUGCGGCAUAUGAACAAGAAUUCUCUGUGAAUCAAGAUAACAUGCAAAGAAGCUUGGACGAGGUCGUCAAUCAAGUGUUAACAUUUGCUAAAAUCGAGCACGGAAAAAUCGAACUAGAAAACAAUGUUUUUGAUAUUUUCACAUUGAUACAAGAAAUCGGUGAUGGGUUAGCACCUAUACCGGAGCGUAAAAGACUUGAUCUCGUUAUUUUCUUCAAAGUGAAUCCGUCGCAUCGGUUUAUGAUUGGAGAUGUCGGGUGUAUGCGGCAGAUAAUAUUAAAUCUUCUUGGAAAUGCGAUAAAAUUCACUGAUCGUGGAAGAAUCAAGCUAAAUGUAAUAGAACUAAACCUGGAUGAUGAAGAAUCUGCUAAGCAACCAAAAAAAGUUGCCAAAAAUGCAGAAGUUUCUAGUGGUGAUGGCGAACCGGCUUCGAAGAACGUAAUGAUUCGUAUAGAGGUUAUUGAUACUGGACGAGGAAUCGCUCCCGACUUCUUGGCGCACAUGUAUCAACCGUUCUCGCAGGAGGAUUCAUCGUUACGACGAAAAUUCGAAGGUACUGGGUUAGGACUGAGCAUAGUAAAAGGUUUACUGGACAUGAUGCAUAGUCAACUCGAAGUAAAAUCCGAUACCAAAAAUGGCAGCAAUUUUUCAUUCUGUCUUACCCUUCCGAUCUCUCCUACAUUCGAAGACAUGCAUGUUUCCCCGCUGCCAUUUUCGCACGAACACCUUAAACUACCAGCACACAAACAAGAAGAGCUCAUCGCACAAUUACGAUCACUUUCGUUUGUCAUUCUGAAUCGUUCAAGUUUUUUGAGUUUGCAGCGAAUUUCCGAGUAUUUCACUGAGUGGGGGUUCAAUUAUCGUAUUGUAGAAAAAGAAAAUAUGAAGAGCGAGUGUUCAAAAGAAAACUGUGAUAUUAUUUUACUGAAUGAUAGCAUUACUGAUUUGCAAUGGUUCUUGAGCGAGUUCAAGACGCAGCAACCUGAUAUCCCCGCUAUCUCGACUGCAACUACCAAUACCGUUGCUAGAACUAAACCAGUGUCGAGAAAGGGGCAGUCGACGAAAACAGCAAUUCGACCCGAUCAAUGUGUGGUAUUCUUUUCUACAAUUGCAGAGUAUGAUAAAGCUGAAAAGAUUUUGAAAGAAUUUAAGCCACGAUCAGCUGUGGUUGUAUCAAAGCCAGGAGGCCCAGUAAAAUUCUUAAACGCAACCAUAAAAGCGAUGGAAUCCAUUCGCUCCCAAAAAACUGUAGAGACCACUUGUUCCUCCCCCUCAGCUUCCUCAUCUUCCUCAUUAUCGGGAAAAGCCAACACCGAUAGCGACAACGUGAUACUACUUCACACAGCUGGCGAAUCACAACAAUUCACCAGCGAAAUGUUAGACGAAGACGAAUUACUAUUCUCGCCGAGUAUUUUCGGUUCUGCUGCAACCAAUCCCUCGUCCCAAGAGAUUCAUGAGUUGCAGAAACACAUUGAAGAGCAGCUUUUGUCUUCACCGCCGAUUGAAGUUGAAGAUUCAAUGCGCCAGGAUAAGUUCUCGUUUUUGGUGGUGGAGGAUAACAAAAUAAACGCCAUGAUUUUGACAACCAUGCUUAAACAAGCACACUACAGAAAUUACGAUGAUCUUCAAAUGCCUAUUUGUGAUGGGAUUGAAGCCACAAAAGAGAUUCGCAAACUAGAACGCGGAGAACCAUCACACCUCUUACCCUCAACACACACAACAAUAGAAUACAAAACAGCUGCCGAAGAAUGUCACAACUCUCUUGCAACUACUAGGAAACGACGAAAAAAAGCAAUUAUUGUUGCAAUGACGGGUCUUGCUUCACAGGAGGAUAGUAAUGUUGCGGAGCAAGCUGGCUGUAAUGAAUUUUUGACAAAACCUGUUUCGAUAAAAACGCUACAUUCACGAAUGGAAGAAUGGACACGUGAAGCAUUGAAAAGACAACACGAAGAAGCAGCCCAAGCAGCACAAGAACCAGCAUUAUUAGAAGAACAUCACGAAGAGAAAAUAGAAGAAUU